UUGCCAACAUUUUAUUUAUCUUGUUGACAGCUAUUGAUUGAUCUGUUGUACACAGACAUUAUGGAAAGUUUAUGAGGAACUAGUCGUUUUUUUCCCUCCAGUUAUGAAAAAUGAACUCUGAAUUUUGUUUGGUGUUUUAGCUGAAGCACUGUAGCCGUUACAUCCACGACCUUUUCCCUUCACUCAUCAAAAACCUGGACCCAGUGCCUCUCCGCCACGUCCUCAACCUGGUGUCGGGCCUGCACCCCAGCGCCCACACCGAGCAGACGCUGUACCUGGCCUCCAUGCUCAUCAAGGCCCUGUGGAACAACGCGCUGGCAGCCAAGGCCCAGCUCUCCAAACAGAGCUCCUUCGCCUCGCUGCUCAACACCAACAUCCCCAUGGGCAACAAGAAAGGUUCGCCGGCUGCCAGUCCGGACAGCAGUGACAACAGCGACACUCAGCACAGCGGAGGCAGCGACAUGGAGAUGGACGACCAGAUGAUGAGCGGCAGCAAGAGGAGCCAGCAGAGGCUGUCGGACACGGAGGAGUCGAUGCAGGGCAGCUCUGAUGAGACCGCCAACAGCGUGGAGGAAGGCAGCAGCGGGCCAGGCAGCAGCAGCGGCCGCAGCGAGGCCUCCAGCAACGAAGCCGCCUCCAGCCGAGCGAGCCAGUCGGCCGGCAGCCCCGGCAGCGAGAUGCACUCUGACGACAUGGCGGACAGCGAGGCCUUGAAGGAGGAGGAGGAGGAUGACGAUGAGGAAGACGAUGAGGAGGAUGACGAUGAUGAUGAAGAAGACGAGGACGAGGGGAACCGGUCGGCUGCUGAGGGCGGGCAGCAAAAGGAGCCCAGGGAGCAGACGGAGUCCAGGAAGAGGAAGGCGGGGGAGGCGCUGGGCGAGGGGACGAGCCAAGGGGCGGGGCCCAGUGGAUCAGGAGGCGGGUCCAAACCCAAAGUUCUCCCCUUCAACCCAGAGACUUCUGCUGUCAUGGUUACAGCGGCGUCAACGUCAUUGGAGGGCCGGAUGAGGAUGUUGGACGCCUGUUCUGCAUCGUCGUCUGCUCGGCCCGAGGGGGCGGAGCCCCCGCAGCAGCCGCCAGAAAUCGGGCCCUCGCAGAUGGUCCAGGGGCCUCAGGAGCCUCCGUGUCUGCCGCGGCCGGGGGACUUUCUCGGAGAGGCAAUGGGCAGCGAGCUCUUUAACUGCCGGCGCUUCAUCGGCCCCCAGCAUCACCACCAUCACCAUCAUCACCACCACCAUCAUGAAGGUCCCAUGGUGGAGGACAUGCUGAGUGCUGACGACGUGAGCUGCAGCAGCUCUCAGGUCAGCGCCAAGUCGGAGAAGAACAUGGCCGACUUUGACGGCGAGGAGUCGGGCUGCGAGGAGGAGCUGGUGCAGAUCAACUCGCACGCCGAGCUCAGCUCCCACCUGCAGCAGCACCUCCCCAACCUGGCCUCCAUCUACCACGAGCACCUGGUGCAAGGUCCGGCCGUCCAUAAGCACCAGUACUCCAGCAGCCACGCUGUGACCGACAUCAACCUGGACAACGUCUGUAAGAAGGGCAACACUCUGCUGUGGGACCUGGUGCAGGACGAGGACGCG